AUGAUGAUGGUAUCUCUCCACCCAUUUCUCGUAUUAUGUGGCACUGACGUGAUUAACGAUGAAGACAAUGGUGGAUGGCACACGAACGAUGAGGAUCGCAUCCGAGUGUCAGCACGUUGUAAUUUGGAACGUCGGAAUGCCGAACAUCUGAGUCAAUCGGAUUUCCAGUCGCGUUAUGCUUUCAGUGAACCCGUUAUCAUAUUCAACGUCCAAAAUGAUCGGUUCCGUGAACGAACGCACAAAGAGACAAUGCUGAACGAGUGGGCCGAUGAAGCGGUCACGUUGAAUUCGGCGAAUACCUAUUCGUCUGCACGAGUCGCAUCAACAUUCGGUGACUAUGUGCGCGAAUUGAUGAAACCACAACUGCCGAACUCAUUGGGUAAUGAAACGUUGUAUUUAUUCGGCGAUAUUGAUCCGUAUCGAUGGGCACCAUUGCUCGACGAAUACAACCAACCGAAGUGGCAACUGCCUGAUCAUCAACCAGCACUGAGCUUUGGCAUUGCAGGCGCUGGCACUGGAGUGCCGUUUCAUUUUCAUGGACCUGUUUUUGCGGAGGUGAUUUAUGGUGCAAAGCAGUGGUUUUUGUAUCCGUUUGAGCAACAGCCCGAGUUCGAUCCUGAUAGAUCGUCACUGGACUGGUAUUUGAACGACUAUCCAAAAUUGGAACGAACGGAACGUCCUUUGGAGUGUUUACUUAAGCCUGGUGAGGUGAUCUAUAUUCCUGACAAAUGGUGGCAUGCCACACUCAACACGGAAACUUCUGUUUUCAUGAGCACUUUCUUGAGUCCAUCCAUGAACCUCGCUAGUUAA